AUGACAUUAACAUCGUCUAAACAAACACCUUUGCACAAUGAAUCCUCCUUGGCCAACUUAUCCACAAAAACUCCACUCGAAAUAACCUUCACGUGUUUUUGGCCUUCAUUACUUUGGUCCAAGGUUUUCGAUUCUGAUGAUGAUGUGGCCAUGGCCUGCAAAACAGGAAUUGGGUCUUGUACUGCAUUUUGUACGGACUCUGAAUGGCUGAGGCUGCUUCUCAUGUCCAUUAUUUCUCCACGGUCACUGUUGCACUCAGAUUCAGAUGAGGAGGAAGAAGAAUACAUUUCAUGGCUAAUGCGGAGGCCUUUCAAUCUUGCCUUUUCUUCUUUCUUUUUCCUCUUCAGCUCUUUUUGUUCUGCUUUUAGCUUCUCAAACUGUUGUAGUAAAAGCUGGGAUGCUUCCUGCGGUCAGUAG